AUGGCUUCCGGACACACUUCAGCGUUCUCCGCGUCAACCCAGCACCGCACCUUAGGUGAUGGUCGCUCGUCAUUUAGCCAAGAUGGCGGUUCUGCAGAUGGGAGUUACGUUGAUGGAGCUGCCCGAUCGGUCCGCAAUGGACGAUCAGGAUCUGGUGGCAGUAUUUCGACAGCUCCUCGCGGAGCAUCCCUGGCUCCCUCCUUUGGCGGACCAGGCAGUUUCAGUGCAGAGCUCAAGAGCAUGAACUCCCGAAGCGUGACCCCCCGUCCCGAUGGCACAUAUACAAGACGAGCCAGUAGAUCGAUCGGUGAAGAUGAUUUACCCACAACCGAGGAACGCCAAGCUAUCAUUCGAGAUAAAAUUGCGAAAGAAAUGAAGAUUAAAACUGGGACGGAAAACAUGCUGGAGGCGUUGUACGCAAAGCCUCCUAAACAGACCAAAGAACAACGUCUACGGGUGGAGUCGGAGCUGAGCUCAUCCAACCGAAAAUUGGCCGAAUUACAACAUGAGCUGGAAGAGGAGCUGUUACGUGCGCAGGCGCCGUCCAGCACUCCCCCGCGCAGUCGUCUUUCGAGCCUUUUUAGAGGAAGCCCUAUGCGCUCCCCAACCCGCAACCAUAUUCUCAACUCUGCUGGGCCUCUCGAUGAAGACCGACAACAGGACGACGAAGGCGAGAUCGAAUCUCCCACAUACGUUCUCACGGAGACGCUGCAGGCCCUCGAAAUUGAGGGAAUGUCGCCUGAUUUCUAUGUAGAGCGCGCAAACAGCCUGGUCGAGCUAUUCAAACGAUAUCCAACACUGAAGUAUGAUCUCGCGUGGUCUGUAUUUGGGCUACGUGUUCAAGUCAUGCUUCUUGGUGAUAGCAAAGAAGUGGUUGCUGCAGGCUAUCGGUUGACUCGCUACGCCAUUGCGGAUCGGAAAUCACUUCAAACCAUUCGAGCACUGCAUACAGACGAACUUGUUAUAUUGUCAUUAGUCAAGGAGAGCAAAGCAAGCAUCGAAAGGGAACAAGCUUUGAAGUUUGUGAGAGCUUUCCUCGAUGUGAAGGACGGCGUCAAGGAAAUAUCCCGUGCCAUUGUGAGGACAAUCGUUUCCAUUGCAGAGCAUCAUGAUGACCGUUUGCGAAACAUAUCUAUUAUGACUCUGGCAGAGAUGCUGGUCAAAGAUCCUGAACUUGUAGCCUCCGCAGGCGGAUUUGCUGCUCUGCAUGAUGCUUUGUCCGAAGGCACAUUUGGUGCUUCCGAGAGCUUGAUCUCAAGUUUCUUGCAUGUCCUUGAUACUCCACGCAGUCGAAAGUACCUGCAAGGCUGCGAAUUAGAAGCCGUCCUAGCACCUUUCACUGAUUCAGUCGCUGAUUCCUUGCGCAAUGGCCGGUUAAAAUCUGCCGCCCGAGCAAUCGCCGCAAUGCUCAAAACCUGGCCCGGUUUAGUGAUUCUGGCAAGACACCAGGCGAAGCCAUUGCGGUCUCUCCUUGAAUCGCUUCAGUAUCCUGACCCCCAAGCUCGCGACCUCAUCAUGGAAUUGCUAUUCGAUGCCCUGCGAAUAAAGCCCCCAUCCUGGUCAUCUUCCUUUCUUGCGGGGAGAAGACUCACCACUUAUGGACGUGUAUCAAAUCUCCGCUCUGAUAACGAAUCCAAGCAUCCGCGCGGCUUUGCCGAUAGCACUUCCAACAGGUUCGACCUGACGGCACAUUUUUCUACCCUUAUCUUAGCAGCAUUGGUUGCAGCAGGCUUACCGAAGGCACUCUCGGAUCUGAUUGAGGAUGAAACCGAUCCUUCACUCAGGCGUAAAGCGACCCUCCUAUUAACUGAAGUUCUUAAACUGGCCCAUCACUCCCUACCAGUCACUGUCAGCGCCAACUUGCAAGUUCUUCCACACUUGCUUCCAGCUGCCAUACAAUUCGAGACAGAAAACCACGAUGUUUCGACCUCAACCAUCUUCCAAAUCGAAAGCAUCAAUAGAACACUGGCACGUUCUGGAGCCGCUCCCAAUGGGGUGGGACGUUACAAUGUGGAUACCGACAUAUCGACUUCUUUGCUACCCAGUGAGCAGGGUAAAGAUAAACUAACCUACUCCAUGGAUGAGACUCAAUUCCGCAAUGCAAUUUUGGAAACUCAUGUCUUGAAUACGGUCAAUUAUAUCAAGUGGAAAUGGGAUCUCAUUCAUCGGCUUGUUGAAGGCCCUCUCACAAAUCCAAAGCGAAUGGAUGAGGCGAUCAAGGGCUCCAAGUUCAUGAAACGACUUGUUGGAUUUUACCGACCCUUCAAGUAUCGGUAUUCCAUGGUCCCGAACACCAAGCCCAAUCAGCGCUACGUUCGAACCGGCUGUGCCUUGAUGCGCACCCUUGUUCAAACUCCAGAGGGGACCAAGUACUUAGCUGAGAACAAGUUCCUCCGGCAAGUUGCGGAGUGUCUGGCACAGUUGGAUCGCAUGAGUGGAUUGACUUCCGCCUCCCCGUUAUUUUCACGGGAGCAAAUGGGUAACACCCUGAGCGGGGGAUAUUUCGCAAUGCUAGGAACUUUGAGUGCUGAUGCAAAUGGCCUCCUGAUGAUGGAACGAUGGCACAUGUUGAACAUGUUCUACCACAUCAUUGAAUUGCGAGAUCGCAAUGACCUCAUUCAGACCCUCUUGGGAAACAUGGACUAUUGCCGUGAAAGCCAUCUCAGAGUUAUGCUUUCCAAAGCGCUCACAAUUGGUUCAAAGGAGAUCCGCAUCUUUGCCACAAGGCUCCUUCGAAAAUAUGCGGUCGGCGAUGUCACUGUAUCUCCCCACGUGGCAAUUGGCAAUGCCGAAUGGGUAGUCAAGCUUCUUGUGACUCAAUUAUAUGACCCCGAUGUCACUGUGUGCCAGGUUGCGGUAAAAAUCCUUGAGGAGGCAUGCAAUCAACGAGACUAUCUUGAGUUUGUUGUGAAGUGUCGACCGUCUCUGGAUCAUCUGGGUGAAAUUGGCGCCCCACUCCUCUUGCGAUUUUUGUCAACCUCUGUUGGCUACCAUUAUCUCGAUGGCCUAGAUUAUAUAACACAGGAGAUGGAUGACUGGUUCCUCGGCCGAAAUGAUUCUUAUGUUGGCCUGGUGGAGGCGGCCUUGUCCCGGGCCUAUGUUGAUCAACCACGUCGCAAUAGCUUUGCACCAGAGGAUUUGGUUGACAUGCAAGACAUCGGAGUAGUGCCGCCUCAUUUCUACCGAGAACUUGCACGAACAGCAGAAGGUUGUCGACUUCUGGAGCAAUCCGGUCAUUUCAAUGAAUUUGCUUGGACAAUUCGUGAUUUCCGCCUCGACGAGGAAGACCACGAGGCACUUCUCAAAGUGAAGGGAUGUCUAUGGGCAGUUGGAAAUGUCGGUUCCAUGGAGCUGGGUGCCCAGUUCCUUGAAGCAGAGAUUGUACAACGUAUUGUGACUAUUGCGGAAACUGCCGGAGUUUUGACUAUGCGAGGCACUGCCUUUUUCGUCCUUGGCCUGAUUUCUCGCAGCCGACAAGGGCUUAAGGUGCUUCGGGGCAUGGGAUGGGAUUCAGCCAUCGACCAAGAAGGCGAUUCGCUUGGUCUCUGUCUUCCUGCUGACUUCCGCAAACUUUUUUUGAUUUCUUUCCCUGGCUACAAUUCCGAGGCGAAACGUACUCCACAAGAAAAGUUGAAGGAGGCCACCACCGAUUCAGACGUUACAAACCAAAAAAUCUUGAAGCUUAUCGUCGACAUGGGCAAUACUGUUUUAUCCAAACGAUCUGCAUCGGACCUACACGGUAUGAAAUCUAAGCAACCCGAACGAUUCCACCAAGUGCACCUUUUCCGAAAGGCGCUUUGCAUUCUUGAAAGCCAUCACUUCCGUUUACCAGCGCGACGGUUUGCUCUCGAUCUUUUCGAUAAGAGUAUCAUGAGGCGUAUAGUUCUCGAAGAAGAUUCUGGGUCGGAUUCGGACUCCUCCACAUAG